GAAAAAAAGCUUUUUUGAAAAAGAAAUUCUCACAGGAAAUAUGUUAUGCCCGUUGAAAUUUUGAGCAAAGAAGCAGUAUAAUCCGGGUGUAAAAGAGAAUACUAUACUUAUUUUCUUGCUUUCUCACCCGGCGAUUUUGAUUUUUAACUCCGUUUCAGGCUUUGAUCGGGGAGGGAGUUCUACUCAAUUGCUCCACUGGGAGACUCUAUUUAUAUUCUCGAAAUUAAUCGUUCAGUUUCCGUGUGAGAUUUUAACUGGAAUUUGGGCCUUUUGAAAUCUCUGUAUAAUAAAAGAUUUGAUUUUUAUGUUUUUUUAAGAUUUUUUUGAUGCUGAAUCAUCUCUGGUUGCUGGGGUUUUUGUCGUCACCAUAAUCAAUUCUGGUGAAGCUUUGAUGAUACUGAUGAUGAUGGUUCAUUGGAAGUAACACAAGCAGACCGAAUGAACCUUGAGAGAAGUGCCUCAGCUGGGAUGCCAAGCUUCAUUUCCCGAACAACACCAGUUUCCAACCCUAUGGCUACUGAAGGGAAUGCAAAUGGUGCUGCACAUACUUCUCAAAUGAUGAAUUUUGGGAUGCUUGAGCAAUAUCUUGGAUUCCGUAUUGCAGAUAGUUCUAAUGCUGGUCUAAGCCCCGUUUUAAAUCCUACGCUUGCUAGUAACCCAUCAGCCGUAGCCGGUGGGUCUGGAAUACUCAACAACAAGGAUAUUGCCUCUUCAAUCAAUAGGUUGUCUGCUGUGGCAGCGAUGCAUGCAUCUAUGGGAGUGCAGAGGAAUCAAGUUCACGGGUCUGGCAGUUCAAAUCAGGAUAAUUGGGCAGAGUCUAACAUGGCGGAUUCUAGCUCCCACACCGAUACUUCUACUGAUAUGGAUGGAGAUGACAAAAAUAGACAUCUUGAAAUGGGUGGUCAAUACAUGGGUGUUGCAGCUUCUGAUUCCAGUGAUAAAUCAAAAGAAAAGAAUUUGGAUCAAAAGACAUUAAGAAGACUUGCACAGAACCGUGAAGCUGCAAGAAAAAGCCGAUUGAGAAAGAAAGCAUAUGUUCAACAGCUGGAGAAUAGCAGAAUGAAGCUAACACAGUUAGAACAAGAGCUUAAGCAAGCACGACAGCAGGGCAUAUUCAUUUCAAGCAUGGGUGAUCAGUCCCAUGGAGUAGGAUCUAAUGGAGCUCUGGCUUUUGAUGUAGAAUAUGGACGGUGGUUGGAAGAACAAAACAAGAGAAUUAGUGAAUUAAGGGCAGCAGUCAACUCACACGCAGGUGAUGCUGAGUUGCGGAUCGUUGUGGACAAUGUCACUUCACACUUUGAUGAAGUGUUCAAGCUGAAAGGAAAUGCUGCCAAAUCUGAUGUAUUUCAUGUGCUGUCUGGAAUGUGGAAAUCACCUGCAGAGAGGUGUUUUUUGUGGAUUGGUGGCUUUCGUCCAUCAGAACUUCUUAAGCUUCUGAUGAAGCAAUUGGAGCCGCUGACCGAGCAGCAGAUGGCUGGCAUAUACACACUGCAACAGUCAUCUCAUCAGGCAGAAGAUGCUAUUUCACAAGGAAUGGAGGCAUUGCAACAAUCACUUGCUGAAACAUUGUCAAAUGGCACUUCUGGCCCUGAUGGACAGUCUGGAAAUGUAGCCAAUUACAUGGGUCAAAUGGCAAUGGCCAUGGGAAAACUAGGUACCCUUGAAGGUUUCCUCCGCCAGGCGGACAAGUUGCGGCAACAGACAUUGCAGCAGAUGCACAAUGUACUGACUACUAGACAAUCAGCGCGUGCGCUUCUUGUCAUAAACGAAUAUUUUUCCCGUCUUCGAGCUCUCAGUUCUCUCUGGCGUGCAAGGCCACAAGAGUAAUAAUGUGGUCCUCAACUUUAUGCGGUGAUACCAAAGAUCAUAAUCAACAAAAUGCAGCAAAGUUGCUUUAGAUCAGAACAGCUUCUGUACUUUUCUGAACUUUGUUGUGGUAUAAAGUUAAAGAAUAUAUGUAUCAUAGGUUUAUACCAGAGAUUUCACAUUGUUACAAUAGAGUAUAAAUAUGAUUUGAAGAUGCUAAAAUGUUUUAUUAUAAGCACUGGAAGGAAACAGUAGUUGGCAUAGCUGCAGAUAAGUGUAGAGACACCAGACAAAGGCUCUGUUAAUUGGUUUCC